CGACCACUCGAUAGUCUCUUUAACCUCACAAAACACGUUUACUUUUAUUGUAAUAGUUUUACUUUUACACUUUAACCACAAACUAAUCAACUUUAAUUUUUAACGCCUCAAGCUUUUCAACAUGGGUCUGUUGCACACGGGCACAUCGAUUUUCCGCACCGCAGCGCUGGCAUUCGCCUGGCCGCUUUCAGUUAUUUCGCUGAUUCUCAGCUGUCUCGUGGCUGCCAACGGCCACUGGAAGCCUCGUGCGGCAUCCAUCUUUAGCGCCAUUGUCUCGGCGCUGACCAUCGUCACUCUGCCCCUGAUCAUUCUGGGAAAGACCCUUCGCCUGGGCAGGAUCAGCAGCGCUCGCUGCUCGCGUCUCUGGGAGCUGCUCCUGACCGGUCUGUGGCUUGCCUCGUGGGGCCCCCGUGAAACCUACACUGAGGUCAUCACCACCCCUGUCACCGGAACCAACGUCGGCUUUUCCCUGUAUGGCCAUGCUAUUGCUCCUCAGGGCGACUCGCGUGCGGCUAUCCAGGCCAUGGGCAUGAUGGCUGGCGAGGAGAAGAACCUUCUGAACGGCCGUGCUCUUGGAAGAAAUGGAAUCCGUCGCUAUGGCACCCGCUGCAGGGUACACGAUGAGAACCGCCAUGAGCUGGCCAGAAAUGGCAGCAUUUCGGCAAGCGUGUCCAGCAUCUCUAGCGUCGGCAGCCCCAGGCUCGCCAGCGCUGCGCACCCGGGCGCCCCUGUCACAAAUGUUGGGCAAACUAUCCCGGCUGCUCCGGUUGCACCAGUUACCGCUGAGACUAAGGUCUAAAUGCGUUUGCUUGGUCGGCUAAUCGCCCUUACCUCAGUUCUUUGAGGGCCGAACUAGCAAAGCAACUUGGUUGUUUUGCCCUGGCCAUAUUGAUAUCACCUGCACUGCCAUCGCGCUUUAUUAAGUCUGCUAGGCAGCUAUUUUUCAAAUUUAUAAUUUUCUUCUUGUCUACCA